AUGUCCACCGUUAAGAAAGGUGAAGUCGUAAGAAUGUAUUUCGAGCGUCCAGACAUUGUUGACUUCGUUAAGGAAAUGCUAAGUCUUGCCGACUACAAGGACAUAAUAUUUUCUGUAGAGGACGUACUACACUUCGGUCGCAACCUUAAAAUCUCGGGACAUAGGAUUAAACUAGGAAGUGGGUGGAUGGGGAAGAACUACAAAGUAAAUUGGAUAUAUGGUGUUUGGGGGUUAAAGGGUUUUGUAUUAACCAUCAGGAUGUACAAACUCAAAUACAGGACCUGCAUCGGACGGUGUACUAUCGGAACCGUAAAAAACAGGAUUUCCCUCGACUAUCCCAGCAAAGUAAGCUAUGGACGCGAAGAAGAAGAUCCGUGGAGAUCCAUGGACUACCAACUGCGAUGGAAUUUCAAUUUGGAAAUGGAUUACGUCGACUCGGAGCGGGAUGAUGUAAACCGUAUCGGAAAAGAAAUGCAAGAGGAACAGGACACGGAGGAAAUCCUAUGGGAUAAGGUUGACUAG